GCGCACCUGUCCUGCUUCUCCUGUUGUCUGUGCGUCGCAAUUUCUGUUUGAAUUUCCGAACAUUUUAGCAUAAAAAUGAAUUAUUCAGUGGUCGGCGAUCGCGGCUUGGUCGCAAUUGAAUCGCACUCUUUGUGUCAAUUCUAGAGCUUUGAACGGAUAGACGAAAUUAGUAUUGGCUUAGUAUUAGCUAUGGAUAUGGGCGAUUAUGUAUGCGACUUUAGAACUCCUCCGUUCCUCCCCCCCAAAACCGAAUGCUUAAAAAGAGUGUCUGCAGUGCGCGACGCGUUCAGUGUGCAUUCGGAUCUAGUCGGAACGAUAUCAAGCCGAGACUAAAAGGAUAUACAACAUCAACACUAAAAUUUAUCCAGUAGCCCAAACUCUAAAGAAAACAAAUCCUUAAAGGAUACACGGUGCCAUAUAUAAGCUACUAGAUAAAAUUAAGCCGAUACCAAGACACUGAACCAAAAAAAUAAAAUGGGUAGCAAGAAAAGAGUGGAACAAUCGACAGCACAAAGCAAUGGAGCUGCCGACACAGUGGGUGAUGUUGUCAUAUCGGGACUGUCGGGCAAAUUUCCGGAGAGCAGCAAUGUUGAGGAGUUCAAACAGAACUUACUUAACGGCAUUGAUAUGGUUACAGACGAUCCGCGCCGCUGGGAGGCAGGCAUAUUUGGGUUGCCAGAGCGAAUGGCCAAAAUGAGAGACGAGGAUUUGGAAAAAUUCGAUGACAAAUUUUUUAGCGUCCACCAGAAGCAGGCUGAACUAAUGGAUCCGUGCAUGCGAAUGCUGUUGGAGCUGACACACGAGGCCAUCAUUGAUGCGGGCAUCAAUCCAUCGGAGCUACGCGGCACUCGCACCGGCGUCUACAUAGGUCUAUCCUUUGUCGAGACGGAGCACGAGAUACCCAACAUGGAGCCGAGCAGCAUCAACGGAUACUGCCUGACAGGCUGCGCCCGUGCCAUGUUUGCCAACCGCAUAUCCUAUACCUUCGACUUCAAGGGUCCCAGCUUCAUUGUCGACACUGCCUGCUCCAGUUCCCUUGUGGCCCUGUCGCACGCCUAUACGGACAUGCGCGCUGGCCGCUGCGAUUACGCUUUGGUCGCUGGCGUCAAUCUUAUACUGAAGCCCAUUUUCGCGUUGCAGUUUCUGCGUCUAGGCAUCGUUAGCCAGGAUGGCGCCUGCAAGACUUUCGAUGCGGCCGCAAAUGGAUACGCUCGAGCCGACACUUGCGCCGUGGUGUUCUUGCAACGCAGUGAGCAGGCCAAGCGCGUCUACGCAUCCAUUCUAAAUGUGCGCACCAAUACGGAUGGCUUCAAGGAGCAGGGCGUCACCUUUCCGGACGGUCGCAUGCAACAUCAGUUGCUCAAAGAGACUUACAGCGAAAUCGGUCUCAAUCCCGACGAGGUGGUCUAUGUCGAAGCUCAUGGCAGUGGUACUCCCGUGGGGGAUGAUCAGGAGGCAAAUAUGCUAAGCAACUUCUUUUGUCAUCCUGCGCGUCCCAGUCCCCUGCUCAUUGGCUCCGUCAAAUCCAAUAUGGGCCACGCUGAGCCCGCCUCAGGGGUAAGUGCUCUGGCCAAGAUGAUCAUUGCCAUGGAAGAGGGUGUUAUACCUAAGAAUUUGCACUAUCAUACGCCAAAUCCCGCCGUACCAGCUCUAGUCGAGGGGCGACUCAAAGUUACGGACCGGAAUCUACCCUGGAAGGGUGGCAUUGUGGGUCUCAAUUCGUUUGGCUUUGGUGGCGCCAACGCUCACGUAAUUCUCAAGUCACAUGAGAAGAAAAAAAAGCUCAGCACCAGGCCUAAGGAUCCUUUGUUAAAGCUCGUGACCUGCUCUGGACGCACCGAACAGGCAGUGCAGCAGCUUUUAGAGGCAGCCGCGAAGCAUCGCAACGACGAUGAAUUCCUGGCGCUGAUCAAUGACAUUCAUUCGCAGCCCAUUCCACUGCAUCCUUAUCGCGGUUUCUCUGUGCUCGGCCCAGCCGGCGUCCUCAAACAGGACGUUCUGCUCUAUGAGGAGGAACAGCGACCCAUUUGGUUUGUCUACGCUGGCAUGGGCAGCCAGUGGGCCAGCAUGGCCAAGGAUCUAAUGCAAAUAGAGGUCUUCAACAAAUCCAUACAACAUUGCGCCGAGGUGCUGAAACAUAUGGACUUUGACCUGAUUGAAGUUCUCACACGCUCGACUGAAAGGACAUUUGACAACAUGCUCUACUCCUUCGUAUCGAUCGCUGCCGUUCAAGUGGCCUUGACGGACUUACUCAGGACGCUGAAUAUAAAGCCGGAUGGCAUCAUUGGACACUCGGCAGGUGAGCUGGGCGCCGCCUAUAUGGAUGGCUGCCUGACAGCCGAACAGACUGUAUUAGCAGCUUAUUGGCGUGGCAAAAGCGUCUUGGACACCCCGGGACUGCCGAAAGGCAAGAUGGCAGCCGUAGGACUGAGUUGGGAAGAAAUCAAUAAGCAUCUGCCAUCGGACUGUUGCGCCGUGUGCCACAACAGCGAGGACAAUUGCACGGUGUCUGGACCCGUUGACUCCAUGGAUGCAGCUAUUCAGAAGUUGCACAAUGCGGGCAUCUUUGUGAGAGCUGUGGAGUCCGGCGGCUAUGCUUUUCAUAGCAAGUACAUUGCGGAUGCUGCCCCAAUGCUGCGCAAGAACUUGGAACGCUUGAUCACUGAGCCUAAGCAGCGCUCCAAGCGUUGGCUGAGCACCAGUGUUCUGGAGCGGGACUGGGAAACACCUGCCAGCCGCCUGGCCUCGGCAGCAUACUUCAUUAAUAAUCUAAUUUCACCUGUGCUGUUCUAUGAAGCUAUUUGCCAUAUACCCGAGAACGCAUUGAUUGUGGAAAUCGCGCCGCACGGACUCUUCCGUUCGAUACUGCGGGCGCUGGGACCGAAAAUAAGUUAUGUGAGCCUUAUGCAACGAGGUCACGCGAACAAUGCCGAGUUCCUAAUGACCCAGCUUGGUCAGCUCUAUGCAGCUGGUGGUCAGCCACAACUGCUGAGAAUGUCUCCAUCACGAGCAAUCAGCUAUCCCGUGUCUCGAGGCACUCCCAUGCUCAGCUCCCUAAUAGGUUGGGAUCACACGCAGAAAUGGAGCUAUCCCAAGUUUCAGGGAGGCCGUCAGUCUAACCAGCUCAGCAUUGAACUUGAUCUUAGUAAGGAGGAGCACGCCUUCCUGGCUGGGCAUACAAUUGAUGGUCGCAUACUCUAUCCUGCUACAGGGUACUUAACACUGGCUUGGAUGAUGUUAGCCCAACAGCAGGGCUGUGACUUCCAACGCACGCCCGUCGUCUUUGAGGAUAUAGUUUUUCAUCGUGCUACCAUCCUUGGCCUGGAGGAGAGCGCAGCGAUCAGAUUGGCAGUAAACUACUUCCAAGGCAGCAGCACAUUCGAGAUAUGUGAGGGUAGCAGCUUGGUGGCAUCGGGCAAGAUUCGACUCGUUGCCAAUGCUCAAGAGUUGCUGCUAAACCUGCCAGCGCUGCCAGGCAGCGCAGGGAUAGCUAAGCUCUGCACUAAGGAUGUCUACAAGGAAUUGCGACUGCGUGGCUAUGACUACAGUGGCGUCUUCCAGGGUAUUCUUGACCUCGACAAUUCGGGAGUUGUCGGCCGCCUGCAGUGGGUGGAUAAUUGGAUAAGUUUCAUGGACACCAUGUUGCAGUUUCGCAUACUCAGCAACAACACGCGAGAGUUGUACGUGCCAACUGGCAUCGAACGUGUUGUCAUCGAUCCGAUCAAGCACUUGGAGCUAGUCAAACAGCAUCAACAACGGCUUCCGGCUUACUGGCAUCGCAACUUCUCAGUUGUUAAGUGUGGCGGUGUUGAGGUACACAAAAUUAAGACAGCACAGACACAACGUCGCUCAGGCAGCCAGAGUGCACCUGUGCUAGAGCGCUACAGCUUCAUUCCAAAUGUGCAGCUCAUCGAUCCACGCGGAGAUCAGCAAAACCCGAGUAUCCAUGCUCUCACCGUAGCAAUGCAGCUGAUCAUAGAGAACAGUGGAGGCGCAAUAAAAAUCAAGGGCGUAGAGGUGGCUGGCAGUCGCACAGACAGUCUAAAUGCUGCCAAGCUGCUGGAGCUCAUUGAACGUGAGCCAAUCCUAGUCGCUGACAUAGCCGUAGCCACAAGCAGCAACAACGAGUCAGCCUUGAGCGAUCUACUACAAAGCUCUGGGGUGCGCGUAAUUGUCGCAGAUCUUGCCAAGGCUGCUGUGGAACGCCAGUGCGACUUCCUGCAUGCUGUAGACUUACUUAGCACAGGAGAGCUUCAGCUUCAACACUCCAUUGAGACUAUUAAAGAGACUGGAUUUCUUCUAUUGGAGGAGAGUGUUAGCGCUUACAAGGCAAGUGGACAGGCUCUGCUAAAGCGUUUACAGCUAUUGCCUGUCUUGGAGCAGAUCUACGAAAGCGAUCGCAUGUUGAUCCUGGCUAGAAAAGUAGUCGAAACGAGUUUCGAAACGUCGCCAGUUGUGCGCGUCUCAAACGACAACUUCAAGUGGAUCGCUGAUCUGAAAGCCGCGCUAAGUAAAUCACAAUCGGAACAGUCUAACGUCUAUGUAGUAGCACAAGGAGAACCGCGUACUGGCGCUUUGGGCUUUAUAAACUGCCUAAAACGAGAACAGAUUGGCUACCGCAUUCGCCUAUAUUUACUGCAAGACCCUGAAUCACCAAUAUUCUCUCUGUUGGAUCCGUUCUUUGCCGAUCAAAUUGCCAAAGACUUGUCCAUCAACGUGUACCGAAACCGUGGUUGGGGCACCUACAGGCAUUUGCCUCUGAAUUCACAUCAACCACUCCUAACUGUGGAACAAGCUUAUGUCAAUACACUGGUCAAGGGAGAUCUGUCUUCAUUAAAAUGGAUCGAAAGCCCUCGCAGCGCAAAUGUGAACCUUGACAAAUGGGAACCCUGCACAGUGUACUUCGCUCCCCUGAACUUCCGUGACGUCAUGCUGGCAUCCGGAAAGCUUGGUGUAGAUGCCUUACCAGCCGAUCUGGCUCAUCAGGACUGCGUGUUGGGUCUCGAGUUCGCUGGGCGCGAUUCACGCGGCCGUCGCAUCAUGGCGAUGGUGACUGCCAAGUCCCUGGCCACAAACUGUUUGGCCAAUAAGAAUCUUCUUUGGGAUGUACCCGACAACUGGACCAUGGAAGAAGCCUCUACAGUGCCCUGCGUUUACUCUACUGUUUACUAUGCCCUGGUCGUGCGAGGACACAUGAAGCAGGGUGAGCGCAUCCUUAUCCAUGCGGGGUCUGGCGGAGUUGGCCAGGCUGCCAUUUCUGUGGCCUUACACCAUGGCCUGACUGUUUUUACGACAGUGGGCAGCAAGGAAAAACGCGAGUUUCUGCUGAAGCGCUUCCCUAAGCUACAGGCGCGAAAUAUCGGAAACUCACGUGACACAUCAUUUGAGCAAAUGAUAAUGAAUGAAACGAAAGGAGAAGGUGUUGAAUUGAUCCUCAAUUCUCUGUCUGAGGAGAAGCUACAAGCUUCAAUCCGCUGCUUGGCUCUCAAUGGACGCUUCUUGGAGAUUGGCAAAUUCGAUCUGAGCAACAACAGCCCAUUGGGUAUGUCUGUCUUCUUGAAGAACACUUCCUUCCAUGGAAUUCUGCUUGACAGUGUGAUGGAAGGCGAGGAGGAAAUGCAGAAGCAAGUCGUAUCGCUUGUGUCUGAGGGCAUUCGAAACGGUGCUGUCCUGCCACUACCUACGACUGUCUACACUGAUCAGGAGAUCGAAAAGGCCUUUCGCUUCAUGGCAUCGGGCAAGCACAUUGGCAAGGUCGUCAUUAAAAUACGUAACGAGGAGCAGCAGUCGAUGCUGCCCAAGCAGCGACUUACCAAAGCCAUACCCCGUACGUACAUGCAUCCGGAGAAGAGUUACAUUGUCGUAGGCGGCUUAGGCGGCUUUGGUUUAGAGCUAACGAACUGGCUGGUGACUCGAGGCGCACGCUAUAUUGUCUUGAAUUCGCACUCGGGGCUAAGAACUGGCUACCAAUCGCUGAUGAUCCGCCGUUGGCAUGAGCGUGGUGUUCGCGUAGUCGUUGAUAUUAACGAUGUCACCACGGCGGUGGGCUGUGCGAAGAUGCUAGAGAGUAGCAAUAAGCUGGCCCUGGUCGGAGGCAUCUUUAAUCUAGCCGCAGUACUAAGAGAUGGAAUUUUUGAAGAGCAAACUGUGAAAAACUUUGAGGUAGCGACAGCGCCAAAAAUACUAGCCACGAUGCAUCUAGACCAAUGCUCGCGCAGCAUGUGCCCAGCACUGGAGCACUUUAUUUGCUUUUCAAGUCUGGCCGCGGGCCGUGGCAAUCCUGGGCAGACAAAUUAUGGCCUCGCAAACUCAUCCAUGGAACGCAUCUGCGAGCUACGCCAGGCCGAGGGUUAUCCCGGCAUUGCCAUACAAUGGGGCGCCAUAGGAGACACAGGCCUCAUCAUAGAGCAUAUGGGCAACAAUGAUACUGUGGUUGGCGGGACCCUGCCUCAGCGCAUGAGCAGCUGUCUGCAGACCUUAGAUACAUUCAUGCAGCAACCGCACGCUGUACUAGCAUCCAUGGUAUUGGCUGAAAAGCGCAAAACGGAGCAAUCGAAUCGCCAGAGCCUCAUAGCAACCAUCGCAAACAUAAUGGGUCUGCGGGACGUGAAUUCCAUACAGGACAAGACAACACUUUUCGAUCUGGGCAUGGACUCGCUCAUGAGCACCGAAAUCAAACAGACACUGGAAAGGAACUUCGAUCUAGUCUUGUCAGCCCAAGAAAUUCGUCAGCUAACCUUCGCUGCACUGAAGCAAAUUGAUGGUCGGGAGCCACAGCCGACGGCCUCGAAGCCCGACACAGUUGCAGCAGCGCGGACAAAUUCUGGUGCCAAGAAGACGGCGCAGACGACCAUUGCUCAAACCGAUGAAACUCGCAAGGUAUUCGCCAAGGAAGUAUUACCACAGGAUGUGCUUGUGCGUCUGCAAUCCAAAGCGAAGAAGUCCGGCAACGAGCCAGCUGUGUUCUUCCUUGCGCCCAUUGAGGGAUUUACCAUUGCCAUCGAAGCACUGGCCGCCUCACUCACCUGCCCAGCCUACGGUCUGCAGUGCACGGAGCAAGUGCCAUUAGACUCAAUUGAAGCGUGCGCCGCCUACUACUUACAGCAGAUACAAAAACUCCAACCACGCGGACCCUACAACAUUGUGGGCUACUCAUUCGGCUGCCUUCUCGCACAUGCCAUUGGCGUUGCGCUCGAACAACGUCGGUUUGGUGUUAAGGUCAUCAUGCUGGACGGAGCUCCCACCAUGGCCAGUGGCUACGUGCAGGAGGCCAAGAAGCAAACCGAUGAUCUGAACCGCCAGCAGUCUAUGACGCUGGCUUACUUUGGUGCUUUGCUUGCAGACGUGGAUUACAACCAGUUGCUCCAAGUUCUGGAAGGCGUCGAGACAUGGACACUUAAACUGGACAAACUUGCAGAUACCCUAUCACCGCAUACUCAACAAACCAAGGACGUGAUCAAGAAAGCUGCCUGCAUGUUUAAGCAAAAGCUUCUUCUGUCCGAGAGCUACAAGGGCGCAAAGCAGCUAAACAGCGAUGUGGUGCUGAUAAAAUCGGCGGAGCAUAAUGCAAUCAUGUCUCAGGAUGACUACGGUCUCAAGGAGAUUUGCAGCGCUCAAAUCGAUAUGCAUGUAGUGGCAGGAACCCAUCGAACCUUCCUCAAGGAGGCACAAACGUUACAAAUUAUCGAAAAGGUUUUGAGCAAAGAAUCGCAGUAGUUCCACGAUUUUAUAUGUUAAUAAUAAGUUUACUGUAUAAUAUAUGCAAAUACAUAAUAAAUA